AUGAGGUUGGCAUUGCCCGGCUUUGUCGUCCUCCAACCCAUCGAUAAGAUUGAUUACUUGGGCUAUAUUCAUGAAGGUGGAGACAAUGAUGGGUAUCUCAGGUUCAUGGAACCUCAAGCUGCGAGCCCAUAUGCGAAGUUCGAAGUUGAGUUUUCUGGCUCAAAUGACUUUGUGCAUAUAAGAAGUUGUCAAAACAACAAAUAUUGGGAACGGAAGCAAAUUCUUUCUAUCUCUGGGGGCUAUUGGGUUACAGCAACCGCCGACAAGAAGGAGGACGAUCAAUCCAAGGAGUCAUGCACAUUGUUCAAAGUUACCUCUGUAGACCAUGCCAUGAAUACGGUCCGAAUCAUGCAUGUCCAAUCAGGCUGCUAUUUAUGUUGUUGGCGAUGGGAUAGUGAAAAAUAUACUCGCGGCAUGUAUUCAUUCUACAAGACGCAUGAUCAAAAUGGCUUUGAUAUCUUCAAAUUUAUCGAUUGGAACUCGUUAUUGAUUCUACCUAGGUUCGUGGCCUUCAAAGGAUAUAAUAAUAAGUAUCUGUGUCUUCGUCGUGUUGAAUGGGACCUCCCAUAUAUGCAAUUCUCAAGUGAUGACAUUGGUGAUUCAACUGUGGCAUUGGAGGUUUUUCUUACUGAUGAUGGUUACGUCCGCAUCAAACCUGUCUGCACUGACAAGUUCUGGAGGCGUAGUCCAAAUUGGAUCUGGGCGGAUUCUAACGACAGUAGUAGCAAGAACACGGACACCGUGUUUCGCCCCGUCAGAGUUGACAAUAAGACCAUAGGUCUUAUCAACUUAGGCAACAAUGCUUUUUGCAAGAGCCUUACAACUGAAGGAAAAUAUGAUUGCCUUAAUGCAGCGACCUAUUCUCUUACAAAAGAAGCUCGACUAAUAGUGGAAGAGCCUGUUUUGACAAGGGAAAUUUAUGGUGUCAAAUAUCAUCUUGGUAACUCCAGGGUUUACGAUGAAAUAGUCCUCAUUGUAGCCAAGAAUUCAGCUUCUAACUUUUCCAACGAACCCGCCACUUUCGAUGUGAAGCUUUCAUAUACUGAUAUCAAAACUACUAAAUGGCAGAACUCAUUUUCACUGAAACUAGGUACGACAGCCACAAUGGAUUUCAAAAUUCCACUCAUUUUUGAGGGGAAGGUUGAAGUAUCGGGUGAAGUUCAAACAGGAAUCGAGUGGGGAGAGACCACUACAACGACCACUGUUGUGGAAGUUGUGUACAAAGUUACUGUGCCUCCAAUGACUAAGGUGAUCGUUUGCGUAAUCGCGACAAAAGGUAUAUGUGAUGUUCCCUUCACAUACAUGCAGAGGGACACUCUUUAUGAUGGGACCAGUGUCACAAAUGAAAUUGAAGGUGGCACUUACACCGGUUCUAAUUACUACAGCACCAACUUUGAUACCAAAGAAGAGGCACUGGAGUGA